AAUAACCCUUUGUUGUUGGUCCUUGUUUGGUUGGGGGUUUCAAUUUUCAUUUUCAAUUUCGCGCGAAGAAGAAGAAACAAAGAAAGGUGGUGCUGGGUAUUCUAUGGCGACACCCAACAACAGCAACAUUAACAACGCGACGGCGAAACCAGGAACCCUAGGCGUUGGCGUAGGUGCAGCUCCUACUCCGCCCAAGUCCCAGCGCGGCCACAACAAGCCCAAGUGCAAACAGUGUGGCAAUGUCGCUCGUUCAAGGUGCCCCUAUGAAUGUUGCAAGAGUUGCUGUUCUAGAAAUCAAAACCCCUGUCAUAUCCACGUGUUAAAAGCUAAUUCAACUUUUCCUGACAAGGCAUCCUCUUCUGGUGCGUCUCCCCUUGACCAGCAAUCCUUAGAUCCACAUCCACCUCAAUCAACAAGUGCAGGUAGAGUUGCAUCACUUCGACAACUUUCCAAUAGUUUUGCUCAGUUCAAUAAUUUACACCUUUCCCUUCGUUCAAAGAAGCCACUAACUAGAAAGGAUGCUGCAUCUAUCAACGAAUGGAGAUUUGCCAAGAUAAAGGAAUACAAGGAGCGGAAUGUUGAAGUGGAAAAUGAAGCUUUUGACCGAUACAUGCAGAAUGUAGAUUUACUAGAAGAAGUAUUAGCUGUGAAGUCGUUGGAUGCCAAUGUGCCCUCUGCAUUAGAGUCUAAUGCUACUCCAAUGGAGAGCAAUGAGGCAAUGAUCCCUGGGAUAAAAUUGCAGCUAAGAUCAAAUUCAAUGAGAAGUGAUGGUUUGAGAAUGAGAAUACAACAAAUUGUAAACGAGGGAUUAAAGAAGCUCGAGAAAAGUGCUGUAGAUGGUGACAUAAAUGAAUCAAUUGAUGGUGAAUCUAAUGAAGCUUCAAAAAGGGGAAAGGGGAUUGAAAGGUUAUCAGCUAUAAGUGAUCUUAUGGAUAAAAUUAAUAAAGCCCGAACUGAGGAGGAUUUGAAGCCGUGCUUAGAGAUGAAGACCCAACUCUUCAAUUUAGACGAAGGCUCUAGCGCGAAAGACCUUCAAGACAAUGAAAUGCAUGCGAAUGAAACUGCUGAAAGUGAUGUGGUACAAACAGAAGGAUUGGAUUAUUCUUUACCGAAAUUUGUUACCAUCACUGAGAUUGAUCUAGAAGUUCUCCACACCAUAGACAAACACUUUUCUACCCAGGAUAUAGAGCAGUUAUGAGGCUAGAUUUCUUAAACGUUGUGAUUUACCUUGAAAGAAACAGAAAUAUAAAUGUUGUGCUGUUCUAGGAAAAUGCUCUCUAAUUAGAAUUAGGUAGUCAAAUGCAAGCCAAAAAUGUUUUAGAAAUUAAUCUGGAUACUUGAACCGGUUGAAGUGUGAACAGAUUAUAUUCAGUUUGAGCAUUAUGCAAUUCAAUUACGGUUCAACUUUAGUCCAUUAAUCAAAUGAUGACUUGAAAGCUUUGGCGCUUCAAUUUCGUGCUCAACAAUAAUUUCUCAUUCAAUUCUGAAGACAUUGUCUACAAUGUUAAUGGGUGUUUGAUUUUCCAUUGUAAAAUUAUGUUUGAAGCAAAAGUCAUUUUGCCAAUGCAUCAGGAUCCUUGCUUUUGUGUUUA